AUGGCUGGAUAUGGCACGGUGUCUGAAUAUUACGCUGUGCUGGAUAUGGCUGUAUAUGGCACGGUGUCUGAAUAUUACACUGUGAUGGUUAUGGCUGGAUAUGGCACGGUGUCUGAAUAUUACACUGUGAUGGUUAUGGCUGGAUAUGGCACGGUGUCUGAAUAUUACACUGUGAUGGUUAUGGCUGGAUAUGGCACAGUGUCUGAAUAUUACACUGUGAUGGUUAUGGCUGGAUAUGGCACGGUGUCUGAAUAUUACACUGUGAUGGUUAUGGCUGGAUAUGGCACGGUGUCUGAAUAUUACACUGUGCUGGAUAUGGCACGGUGGCUGAAUAUUACACUGUGA